AUGUCUUUCGAAAACACUGCCGCCUGGAUCACUUCCCACAACGCCUACCCUUUCGAGGUCAAGCCAGCCGCGGUUGGUGUCCCCGAAGAGAACCAAAUCCUGAUCCGCAACCGCGCCAUCGCCAUCAACCCAAUCGACUACAAGGUCCAGACAACCAGCGUCCACAGAGGCCAAAUCACUUAUCCCACGAUCUUGGGUGAGGAUGUCGCCGGUGAAGUCGUUGCCGUCGGAUCUAGCGUGACCAAGUUCAAGAUUGGAGAUCGUGUCGCUGGCCUUGCUGCCGGCUUCUUGACCAACAAGAACGAGGAGAAGACAUUUCAGGCGUAUACUAUUCUGCGCACUGAUCUGUCUGUUCGGAUCCCAGAGAAUUACUCUUUCCAGGAAGCCUCGGCCUUUCCGCUCGCAGUUGGAACCACAGCCGCUGGCUUGUUCAACACCGAUUUCCUCAACCUGCGACUUCCCACAUUCCCGGCCCAGAAGUCCACUGGGGAACUUCUUCUGGUCUGGGGCGGUGCCUCUGCAGUAGGCUGCGCUGCCAUUCAGCUUGCUGUUGCAGCAGGCUAUGAGGUUCUCACAACGGCUUCACCCAGGAACUUUGACCUUGUCAAGAGACUGGGAGCGAGCCACGUUUUUGACUACAAGAGCCCAACAGUCGUGGCUGACCUCCUCAAGGCGGCUGAAGGCAAAAGGUCAGCAGGUGUUUUCGACACUAUCGGCUUCGCGUCCUGGCCCUAUACUCUGGAGUUUGCCGAAAAGGCUGAUGGGGUCAAGUUUGUUUCUUGCACGGUCCCCGGAUGGUCGGAGCCUCCUCAGGGCGUGACCAUCAAGCAUGUGUUUUCUCUUUCCAUCAUCAAAUCCCAUGUUGCUUCGGCUGUUUGGGAUGAUUAUUUGCCCAAGGCAAUUGAGGCUGGCGCAUUUGUGCCUGCGCCAACCCCCUGGGAAUUUGGAAAGGGGUUGGAAAGUCUUCAAGGAGCGGUGGAUUUCUUGGGCACCAAGGGUGUCUCGGCUCAGAAGGUGGUUGUAUCUCUGGAAUAG